AUGGACCAGUCGAGCUCGCCGGCGGCGACGCUGAUGAUGCGACCGCGCGUGGCCGUGGCGGUCAUCACGGCGACGGCAGCACUGUCGAUCGGCAUCGGGAUACUGCUGGAGCACCUGCGGCAGACGCGAUGGGGCAAGCGCAGCAGCAGCAACAGCAGUGGUGGACUGCACAGACGAAACGCGGUGCGACGACCACACGGGACCAGUCGCGAGGACCACCGGCGGACAGACGAGACGGCAGCGCCGUUUGCGGACGAGAACGAGCGGGUAGACGUGGCCGAGACGGUGGUGGACGACGGCGGCGUGGAUGAGCGCUGGCUCGACGACAUGACGCAGGCAGUAGUGCAACGGGCUGGCCAGAACAUUGUCAGUCUGCUCUUCCGGGUGUCGGAGGACAACGCUCGACGCAGCGCGUAUGUGCAUCGUGGCUGUGCGUGCAACGCGUGUGGGAUAGUGCCGAUCCGUGGGAUUCGUUACCGCUGUGCCAACUGUGCCGAUUUCGACCUCUGCGAGACGUGCGAGUCGCAGGGGCUACACACCAAGACGCACAUCUUCUACAAGGUCAAGAUCCCGGCACCGCCGUUUGGCCCUCGUCAGAUGCAGCCGGUCUGGUAUCCUGGCGAUCCCGACAACUGCGCGCCGUCACUGCCGCGCGGCCUGAUGGCACGGCUCUCGCACGAGACCGGCUUCGAGCGGCAGGAGCUCGAGGCUUUUUGGGAGCAGUGGACGUACAUGGCCAACACGGAGUGGCGCGAGGACCCUGAUGAGCUCGGACUCGCCAUGGAUCGCCGGACGUUUGAGCGCUGUCUCGUGCCGUCGGGCGGCUAUCGCCAGGCGGUGCCAAACCUGAUCCACGACCGCAUGUUUGCCUUUUACGACACCAACAACGACGACCUCAUCGGCUUCUCCGACCGCCGCGAUUUCCUUCGCUUCUUCCGCGCCUACUUUGUCCUCUACAAGCAGAUGCACAAGGACAUCAUCGAGGGCCUCGACGACCAGGCCAUGAGCACCCCCGAGACUCACCAGCUGGUGGCUGGCCGCACUCCGCUGAGCAGCCUGUUUGGCCGCGAGGGUCGUGUCCCGCCUGCCGACUUGCGCCGCGUUCUCGACGGCAAGCUGCUCAACCGUGCCUCGGGCGAGGUCGUCCUCCGCGACGGCUUUCCACCCGACGUCGUCAGCGAGAGCCGUCCGGACACGGUGUCGCGCAACGCCAUCCUCGAGGGUCUCUUUGCCCGCGCCGAGUUCUUUGGCAGCGGCGAUCUGAUGGACGACCAGCUGUUUGCGUCCGCCUCGGUCGGUAACAGCCAUCACCAUGGCGGCGACGAUGGCCGGGACACGUCUGCGGCCGCAAACUACUGGGACGCGCUGAUGAACCCGCCGACGUCGGUGCAGGAGCUGCCGGCGCUGCUGCUGGGCCGCCGCGACUCGAACCUGCACGAGCGGUGGGUCCGGCGGCAGUUUUACCUGGACGAAGAGGAGGGCGCGACGCCGCCGGUGGACUGGGACGAUGGAGAGGACGUGAUUGUGCAGCAGCAACAGCAGCAGCAACGGCAACAGGACGCGCAGGCCAGGAACGCCAAGACGCAGCGGUCGCGGUCAUCGUCCAAGGUGCGGUUUGCCGAGGACACGGAGGACUACGAGAUCCAGUCGACGUCAUCGCGCAGCGUGCCGGAACGAUGGGGUGGCAUGGAGAUUCCCGGGGCCGAGAAGGACGCCGGCCAGGAGAUCUUGUACCAGGUGAUGCAGCAGGCCUUCAACGAGCUGCUGGACAUCCUCUUCAAGGAAAAGGAGGACCUGUCGGUUCUGGCUGGACAGACGAAGAGCGCACGCGAGGAGCAUCGGCAUCUGUUUGAGGCGAUCGACGUAGGCAGGCCAGCCGAAGAGACAGCGGCGACGGGCGGAGAGGAAGCAGAUCCGUUUCUGAUGGAUCUGCUUGUUCGGAGCGGUUAUCAGGUGCUUAAGAAGGAGGAAGAGGUAGUGAAGGAGGAGGAAGGGGAGAAUGAAGAGAAGGAGAUUGAAGAGAAGGAGAACGAAGAGAAGGAGAAUGGCGAGAAGGAAAACGACAGGAAGGAGAAUGACGAGAAUGACGAAAACGACAGACCAGACAGACCAGAAGCGCCUGCUGACAAAUCAGUGACGAUUCCACUUCUGCACGUCAACGGCUCGGCAGUCGGUCAAGGCAGCGAGCAACCGAUCGGCAGAGAGCCAACUUGCAGAGAGCCGACAUACAGAGAUCCGACGAUGCCGCAGUUCCGACCCAACUCGGCAGCAGACCUGGAGGACAGGGAGGAAGAAGAGCGCGAUGGGCUCUUCGCAGACGCACUCGCCGCUGUCUCGACAGCGGCAACAGUGGCGACCAGUUCAGGCGGACCGUCAACGCCGACCGCGCACGGCUUUUCGACCCUGUCUGCGGCAGCAACGAGCGAGAGCGACAGCAAUGGUGGCAGCAGCAACAGCAGCAACAGCAGCCGAAACAGAAGCGGAAACGGAAACGGCAACAGCCGAAACGGCAGAAACGGCCACGACCGAAACGGUACACACAGCACGCAGACGCCCAUUCCCCAGGCGACGCUGGUCCAGUGGAAGAAGCUGGACCUGGCCGAACAAGAAGCGGCCCAGCGUGGCGGCUGGGGCAGGCUGAGCUACCCCGAGUUCGAGGCCAUCUUCAAGGCCGAGGAGGCGUCUAACAACCGUCUCGACUACCUCGGUAGCUGGAUCGACUUUUGCAUUCCUUGA